GUUUGGGGGACGGCCUCUCUACUGUUUGCAUCGUAUUUUCACUGGAGCGACCGCUUUGUUUUGUGGAAAAAUGGAAAACACUCGGCUGUAGAAUUGUGGAGGAAUGGGCUCCCUGGGCAGUCGGAUACAGGCGGCCUCGGGCGGGGCCGUGGAGCCGGCGGAGGCCAGCUGCGUCAGCGCUGGGCACGGCUGCGACUGCAGGAAGAGGAAGCGCAGCUCGCCGUGCCAGUGCGAGAGCGAGGAGGAGGAGGACUGCCUGCUCAACACGCCACGCAGGAAGAAGUUGAAAAGCACAUCCAAGUACAUCUAUCAGACACUCUUCCUCAAUGGGGAAAACAGUGACAUCCAGAUCUGUGCACUGGGGCAGGAAUGGAACCUGCACAAGGUCUACCUGUGCCAGUCGGGCUAUUUUUCCAGCAUGUUCAGUGGCUCCUGGAAAGAGUCAAGCAUGACAACCAUAGAGCUGGAGAUUCCAGACCAGAACAUUGACACUGAGGCUCUGCAGGUGGCCUUUGGCUCGCUGUACAGGGACGACGUCCUGAUCAAACCCAGCCGGGUCGUCAGCAUCCUGGCUGCGGCCUGCAUGCUCCAGCUGGACGGCUUGAUCCAGCAGUGCGGAGAGACCAUGAAGGAGACCAUCAACGUGAAGACCGUGUGCAGCUACUACGCCUCGGCCGGCAUGUACGGGCUGGACUCCGUCACCAAGAAGUGUCUGGAGUGGCUUCUCAACAACCUUAUGACCCACCAAAAUGUGGAGCUUAUGAAAGAACUCGGGGUGGUGGUGAUGGAGCAGCUGGUGCAGUCUUCUGAUCUCUUUGUAAUGCAAGUGGAGAUGGACGUCUACACCGCCCUGAAGAAGUGGAUGUUUCUUCAGCUCUGUCCAUCCUGGAAUGGGCACAUUAAGCAGCUGCUCUCCGAUGCGGACAGCUGGAUCUGCAAGCGCAGGAGCGAGCAGGGGGAAGAGGAGCCCUUCCUGAGCACAGAGCAGGGUUCGCCCUUCGUGCCUGUCUUUAAGCAGGUGCGGCUGCAGUACAUCAUCAACGACCUGGCCUCCGCCCGCAUCCUGGAGCGGGACAACAUCCUGCCGCAGGACUGGCUGUCAGCUGUGUACAAACUCCAGUGGUUCGCCAUGCUACGGACGGAACAUGACAACGACACAGGGCCGCAGGAAGCCAACAAAGACGAGUUUGACGUGAACAGCAUGCGGUGCGGCAGGAAACUGGCCAAAGACGGAGACUACUGCUGGCGCUGGACGGGCUUUAACUUCGGCUUCGACCUGCUGGUGACCUACACCAACCGCUUCAUCGUCUUCAAGAGGAACACGCUGAGCCAGCCGUGCGGCGGCUCCGUCAGCCUGCAGCCGCGCCGCCACAUCGCCUACCGCCUCCGCCUGGCCUCCUUCGACGCCAGCGGCAAGCUGGUGUGCAGCCGCUCCACCGGCUACCAGCUGCUCACCCUGGAGAAGGACCAGGAAUACGUGGUGAUGAACCUGGACAGCAGGCUGCUAGCCUUCCCUCUCUACGUGUGCUGCAACUUCCUGUACACCUCGCCCGCGUCGAAUCGCCGAACCGACGCUCCUGAGCCUGAAAGCAGUGCCCACAGCGUGUCCUGACCCCACCCACAUGUCUAACCCCACCCAUUGCGUCUCCUGACCCUGCCCACACAGUUGACCCCACCCACUGUGCCCUGUCCUUGGCCACAGUUUCUCCUGACCCCACCCACAACACAUCUUGGCCUCGCCCCUGUCUCCCAGGCAACACACUUGUCGCUGAAGCCUUUUUUUUUUUUUCCCCAUCCACCACACUGAGACCAAGACCAAAACCACCAAUCACACUUUCAAAAACACCUGGGGCUCAUUCCAAUCACAGUCUUUUUCUUCCUUUUUUUCCCCUUUCCUUGCUGCCGACCCAGAAAUUGAUUGAGCUCCGCCAUCUUUAAGGAUAUUCCAACUCCUUAAAUGUUCCUUCUAAGAGAUCAAAGUAGAAGUUAUGAACUUCCGAUCUUUCUUUGAGCAAGAAAACCUCAGCGCAUCCUUCCCAGAAAAUGGAGAAAGAGGGAUUGGAAUGAGCCCUGGGGCUACAUGUGGCUCAAAUGACAGAGCUUUUCUUCCCAAACUGACCUUUUUUAUUUUUUAUAAAUCACUUGAAGGUUUUUGUUAAUAUUAAUGGCAACCUUUAUUAUUAUACGCACAGUUAUGACAAAAUAAUUUCUAAGUAUUAGUAACCCAAUUUUUUUUUUCCCCAAAAAAAACAUUGUUCCUAAUAUUUUCAAAAGGCCUCAACUUUUGAGGUUUAGUGUAAAUUGUGUAUAUAUAACUGAAGCUAUUGAGAGCGACAGCUUAGCCUAAGAGCUAUUUGAUAUCCUUGUGAUUUUUUUAUAUAUAUAUCAUUACUUUCACCAUAUAUUGUGUUCCCUCAUUCAGAAACGAUUAAUAUUGCUAUUUUUGUUGUCGUAACCCAAGGAUGGGAUUUUAUGGCAUUUCUAUGGAUGUUAAUGUAAGGCUGUUACAUUGUGGUUCAUCCAUUUACUCCCCAAUCUCAAUCUUUAUUUUGGACUAAGGAAAUGUGGGGAGAUUUGUGUAAUAUGUAUAUUUGAUUUUUCUACAUGUAUACGUUUUAUAAAAAAAUGUUGGUAUUGCCGUUUCACAUUUUCUAUUAAAGCAGCCAUUUUGUGUUCAUGUUUACAA